AUGGCGACUGUCGCUCCACCUCCGAGCAAGCGUCAGAAGCUUGCAGCGAUCGAAAAAGCAGAAAGAACUGCCGAAGAGUCACGAAUUCCAGAAGACCUGGGCAAUGUCCGAGUACAAUUCAUCGAUCAGAGCACUGGCAAGUCCACCGGACCUGCGGUGUCGAUACCGGUCAAAGAUGCCACAGUCAGGAAUCUAGAGACCCUCCUGAACACAUUACAAGGCAAUGAGACAGGCGAGACAUUACCGUAUCGAUUCUUCUUCAGAAACGACAACGCUGGCGAUGCCGAGGGAGAUGUGUUAGACAUACAGUCAGACUUGUAUGCGUCUGUCCUCAAACCGGGGUACAAGUCGACGGAAGACCAUAUCGUGCUUCAGUACACUCCUCAAGCCGUGUUCCGGGUUCGGGCUGUCUCAAGAUGCUCGGCCACGAUCUCGGGACAUGGUGAGGCCAUACUCGCGACUUCUUUUUCGCCUGAGGGUGGCUCUAGGGUAGCGACUGGCAGCGGUGACAACACGGCUCGAAUAUGGGACUGUGAUACGGGAACACCACUCCAUACUCUCAAAGGACACACAAGCUGGGUUUUAGUGGUGUCAUGGUCUCCAGACGGAAAGCUUUUAGCGACGGGGAGUAUGGACAACACUGUAAGGCUGUGGGAUCCCAAAUCCGGGGAAGCCUUAGGUGGGCCACUAAAAGGUCACGCAAAAUGGAUCACGAGUCUUGGAUGGGAGCCAUAUCAUCAUCAAGCGGCAGGAAAGCCCCGGCUAGCAUCGGCGUCGAAGGACGGGACAGUCAGGGUCUGGGACGUGCCUCUUCGACGGGUCGAGCAAACAUUGUCGGGCCACAAAAGUUCAGUGACUUGCGUUCGGUGGGGCGGAAUCAAUCGGAUUUACACGGCUUCACAGGAUAAAACCAUCAAGAUCUGGAACACGAGAUCCUGGAAUUGCUUGCAUACGCUGACAUCGCAUGCGCAUUGGGUCAACCACCUGGCUUUAUCAACAGACUUCACGCUUCGCACGUCUUAUCACGACCAUACAGGAAAAGUGCCAGAUAGCGCUGAAGAACGCGUUGCAAAGGCGAAGAAGAGAUACGAAGACGGCGCCAGACAGGAAGGUAAAGUCACGGAGCGACUCAUAUCUGCGUCGGACGACAAUACCAUCUUCUUGUGGGACCCAUCGGCCAUUGACCCGAAUUCAAACGCUGCUGUGAAGCCGCUUGCGAGACUGACAGGCCACCAGAAGCAAGUUCUGAAUGUCUCAUUUUCACCAGAUGGGUUGUACAUCGCCUCGGCAUCAUUCGACAAUAGUGUCAAGCUGUGGAAUGCACGAGAUGGCAAGUUCAUUGUGACACUUCGAGGACACGUUGGAGCUGUAUACAUGGUCGCGUGGUCGGCCGACUCGAGGCUGCUGGCAAGUGCGUCGAAGGAUACUACAGUCAAAGUGUGGGAUGUAAAAACGGGAAAACUCAAAGAAGACCUACCCGGUCAUAAGGAUGAAGUCUUUGCUCUGGACUGGAGCCAGGAUGGCAAAUGCGUAGUCAGUGGUGGCAAGGACAAGGCGGUUCGGUUGUGGAAGCAUUAG